AUGGAAUCUAUUCAGGUCCAGAAAAAGAUUUUGGAGCAAAUGUCUUUUUCGAUUGAUGGACAUAUUAUUGAACUUCGAGUUCCAUGUAAUCGUAUUUUUAUUUCCCGGGUUCCUGACGAGACACGCCCAAGUGAAUUAGUACAAUUUGUUGAAACCGAAAUCAAAAAAUUUGAACCGAGAGGAUAUUGUGUUGAUGCUUAUUUUCCACAUCCAUUUUGUCAAUUUGCCUUUUGCACAGUUGGUGGCGCUAAAGUUUCUGCUAGGCUUGCUAUUAAAGCAGACUUCUUUUUCAAAGGUUCUUCAGUAGGAAUCAGUACUUGUUGUGAUGGUUCUGAAUUGGAUGCUGAUCGUUUAUUGGAGCAAAAAAUUAAAGAUUUGGUUGACCAAAAUGAUUAUGCACGUAUUCGUUCUCUUCAAAGUAUUUCUACCGAAGACAAUGUUUUUGAAAUGUGCAAAAAAGUGGCAUUGGAAACAAAUAAAGAAAAUGAUCAGUCAACAAAUAGGAAAAGAAUUCGCCUUGAUAAUGAUCGGGAGAAAGAAAGAACAGAAGAAUUAAGCGAUUUAAGUAUUGUUGAGGAGGAUGUAGGUAGGAAAAUAAAUGUUUUUUUAUUCAAAUAG